AUGGCAUCCGCGACCUUCCGAGCGCUGCCCUCUUGCUUGAUUAGCCUACGGCGUCGAGAAGACAAUCGCGACGUUGCCUUCCAGGUGGCAGCCGGUCUGGGCAUCGAGCCGACGUGGUUGGCGGGAACCGAUGGGGAUUCCCUCAAGGCACGGAGUGGGUAUGCUAAGCGUUGCCAGGGCGGGCCGGGCGGCCGGGUGCUUUGCUCCUGGUUCGACGCCGCAGACAAGACGCGCCGUAUUCGGUAUGUGCGAAAUGCCAAGUCGAAUUGGGGCACGCAUUGGGGGACCUUGGGCUGUCUGAUGAGCCACGAGCGUGCUUUGGCGCAGCUCCAAGACGCUCCUGCCCUCAUCGUCUUGGAAGACGACAUCCGCCUGGCAAUCGAUGCCAAGGAGGCCUGCGCGAUGAUUGCGCAGGCUCUCCGUUGCAUCCAAAAGGACCACCAGGAUUGGCUGAUCCUGUACCUUGGCUGCUCUACCACUCCGUGGUCUGGGCCCUUGCGCAAGGUGCGCGGAGGGCCGGCUGGUUUGCGCUACGCCCGGCAGGCUUACCAGAGCCAUGCGUUCGUGAUCUCGCAGGCGGGGGCGGAGAUUUACUGUGAAUACCUUCGCAAAGGCUUCCCUGCGGACAACGCGCUGCUGAACAUGGUGCGUCGGUGCCCCAUGAUGCGCUUUGCCCUGGACCCUCUCGUGCUUGCGCAGGAGCAGAAGCUCACGCAGAGCGACAUCCGCGAGUCCACCGUGGCCUACCGGUCCGGCGCUCCACGCGCACGGAAAAGGGGCCACGCCAGCAUCGCCAGGAGAAGGGCGUCGUUGCCGCAGGCGCUAGCGGCUGGGAGCGCAAGCAGGAAGGAGUGGCUCCGAAAGACGCGCCGAGCCAGCGCCAGACGCAAAUCCAAGCGCACGCAGACCAAGGCCGGUUGUCGCGGCUCCCACACCCUGUGCAUGUCGGGGUGGGCGUCUUGCUCCGCGGGCGCCCAGGCAAAAGUUGCGCGCCCCAGCGUCCGGGCGGCCAUCGUGGAGCGAUGGGGCCAGGUGCGCGGCGGGCUGCCUGUCCUGCGUCGCGCGCGGCAGGCGAGACGUGCGUUCGUGAUAUCCGAGGCGGUGGCGAAUUCUUACGGGGAGUACCGCAACGCGCUGCUGAACAUGGUGCGCUGGCGCCCCUGGAAGCGGUUCGCCAUGGGCCCUGCCUGGCGCGGGCGCGCCACCCCGUGGCUUUUCGCUUUCCACUUGCCCGUCGCGGAGUUCCCUGCGCGCGCGCGCGGUGGCUGCUCCGCGCAGAUGGGCUUCGCGGACCAGUCGUUUUCCAAAAUUCUGGCGCCCGCGAAGGGCUUUCCCUGCACCGGCGAUUCCCGCGCGCAGGAGUGGGAGCGCGAGGAGGCCGAGGAGGCGAGGCGGCACAGCUGCGCGCUGGGGGCGGCGGUGCGGUCCGAGGAGGCUUGCGCGAGGAGAGGCUGUCCGAGGAGCAGGCCCGCGCCGCCGAGCUCGAGGUUCGGGUCUUCUCCCUGCACGCCGAGCUCCGCACGGAGAAGGCCCUGGCGCAGCGGGCCGACGCCGACGCCCUGGCGUCCAUGGCCUCCUCGAGGGAGGACCUCUUGGGAUGUGCGCGAGGCUGCGGCGCGAACUCUUGGCGUGCAAGGACAAGGUGCGCCAGACCGGGCUGGAGAUGCAGGAGAGCUCGUGGAGGCGCAGGAGAAAUACGAGGGCGUGAUCAAGAACCAGGACCAGAGGGAGGGGGAUGAAGGCCCUGCAGCGAAAGUCGCGGCUCGCCGAACAGGAGAGGCCCUCGCGCGGGGCGGCGAGGUCCGCGGGCUGCGGGAGGCCCUGGCCGGCCAGCUGCAGGCCGCUGCCACGGCGCACGAGCGCGAGCUGCACGCGCUGCCGCUGGACCCCAUGUCAGACGCUGGAUCUGUUGUCAGUGGUUUUGCUGGAGCGGGGCAAGCGGUGCUCACAAACUACUCGUCCAUCUCGCGUGCGUCGAUGUCAUCGCCCAAGCCUGGGGAUUUCGUCUCCGCCGCCCAGCAGCAGGUUGGCAAGAACUUGCAGCUGUCCUUCGGCUCGAGCGUGGCCACGGUCCAGGAGGACCCCCGAACGGUCGCACUGGGAAGUCCCAGUGGCUCCAUCAUGAUGUCAAGCGCUUCCGCAACGGCCUCCGGCGCGUCCUCGCCUUCGCGAGGCUCAUCCUGCUACAUCCAGGGGGCCAAGCACUACGCCUUCCCGACGGAGCCGGCCAGGAAUGAGAAGCAAUUUCGCAACCUGCACCAGUGGUAAUCGGAGGCGCCGGCCAGCAGCUCCACGAGCUAGCGGGUCAUUCGGUAUGCCACUCGCGCACGGGCGCGUGAGGCUGCUGGGCCGAUUGGCAAGUGAGCUCCUCCUCCUCAUACCGCCUUCCCUCCCCUCCCUCGUCCCCCUCCCUCGCCCCUCGAAUUCGGGCACCGCGACGGCCCGGAGAGAGUGCGGCCCUUGGGCCGCGCGCGGGCGGCCGUCCUCAAUUCGUGGCACACCGAUCGGCUGUGCCAAUUCACUUCCGGCGGCCCUGGAGGAGCCUGCCCCAUGGCCAAUGUUACGAGUUUUCGGCGACCAGUCUUUCCUCCUUGCGUGGAUGUCCAGGCAAGGUGCACGAGCCACGCGAUGGACUCCGUCCCGAGUUCGGAGGUGGGUUGCAGCAGCGGCGGCUCCGUUUUCGGAGCAGGCGCGCGCCGCCUGCGUCAGCAGAACGCGCGUCUUGCCGCUGGCAUGUCGUCUUCCUCUGCAAGCGCUGUCCAUUUCCUCUCUCCGCCCUCGCCCAGCGGCCCUGCCCCCCCUUCAUCGCCUUCUUCCUCCUCCUCCUUCCGAACAAUUGAUGUUUUCCUGCGUUUCUCUGCUUUUUCCACUCUCCGGGCCCUGUUGCGCCAGGGCCGGCGGAUUGGACGAGGCGCCUCGCGGCCGAGGGGCUCUCGGCGCUGAGUUGCUCGCUGCGUGGUCAACGGGCGCUGGCGGAGGGCACCUCUCGACGAGGGGUUGCAGUACGGGUUGGCGGCCCUGCCGAUUCGCGCGACGCAGCCAUGAGCAGAAUCGUUCUCCUCCGAAUGUCCGC